CCACAGUCUGGAGUCUGCAGAACCCUCUCCAUUAGCUGUGUGGUUCUGAGAGAGACACCUCAGCCUCUCCAAAGAUGAUCUGGAGACAACAGCUGCUCCUUUCCUGCCUUUCAGCCAUUGUGCUUCUGGCCAUGAUGCAGGAGAGCACUGGUGCAUCUGUGGGCACCAGGCAAGUAGCUGGACAAGAGGCCCAGGAAGCUGUGGAACAGAAGAUUUUCAUGCAAGAAUCAGAUGCCUCGAAUUUCCUCAAGAAGCGCGGCAAGAGAUCCCCCAAAUCCCAAGACGAGGUCAAUGCGGAGCACAGGCAGAAGCUGCGGGCUGAUGAGCUACGGAGAGAAUAUUAUGAAGAACAAAGGAACGAGUAUGAGAACUUCGUGGAGGAGCAAAAUGAUGAGCAGGAGGAGAGAAGCCGGGAGGCCAUCGAGCAGUGGCGCCAGUGGCAUUAUGACGGUCUGUACCCAUCAUAUCUCCAUAACCACCAUCACAUGUGACCUCAUCGCCAUAGUCAAGAUGGAGCUUGGAACAUGCCCCAGCACAAGAGGCUCCAGCAACUGUCUCCCCUUGACACAGGCUCCUUUAAAGGCCUCUGCGUGAGGCCUGCUGUGGGAACACGUUUUUGUUCUAAUGUAUUAAAAUAUCUUGCCUUUUGCUUCUUUGCAGAUGAUUUUUUGAGGCAAACAAACACUGUUGGGGCUUCUUUGCACCAAAGCUACAGUGAUUUCCCUUUGCUUAGCCAUUGCUCCCCAAGCAAGACUGCUGUCUAA